AUGGAGGAUAAGAAUGCAAAAACAGGCGAGAUGCCAAUACCAUGGCUGGUUGGCAAGAUGUCCCAGUUGCAUUUGGAAGUAUAUACACACAACUUCACACUCAACUAUCCUAUGGGACAGGGGCAGAUAUACAAGGGUACCAAUGUAUAUGGAAUACUAAGGGCCGCGCGUACUGCUUCACUAGAAGCUUUGGUGGUUUCGGCGCCCUUCCGAGGUUUAUCGUCACAUGAAAAGGGCAGUGCCGCUGGCAUUGCCCUGAUGCUGGCUUUUGCUCAGUUUGCGAGGCCACAGAAGUAUUGGGCGAAAGACAUCAUAUUCCUCAUCACCGAACACGAGCAACUGGGUAUGCAGGCAUGGUUGGAAGCCUACCACGGCUUAAACAAUGAGCCGGGCAACUUCUACACUAGCCUUGGGAGUUUCCUCAAGCCUGGCAUGUUGACACUGGAUCUUGGGAAACUGACAUCGAAGCUGGACUGGGGAGAGGACGCCGCGAGGUGUCUUGACCCUGGCAAGUUGCAGGGAAGGUCUGGUUCCAUCCAGGCAGCCAUCAACUUAGAGUUUCAUACGCCUAAAAUUAAGUAUGUGGAGGUGAAAAUUGAAGGGCUUAAUGGACAACUGCCGAAUCUGGAUCUAGUCAACUUAGUGCACAAGCUUUGCGUUAAGUCUGGUGUACAUCACUCCUACAAAAAUAGUUACUCUUGGAUACGGCGCAACAGAAUGGACGAGUGGGCUGGCGGGAUUUGGACCAUGCUAGGCAUGGUGAAUACUCAGUUCACGGGGGUACCCAACGGCAACCACGGCCUGUUCCACCGUUUCGGGAUCGAAGCGGUGACCCUGGAGGGUCGUGACGCCACUGACCCCGCGGGGGCACCGCCCAAAAUCAACACCCUGCCAACGGCGAACUUCUACAGGCUCGGGAUAGCUUUGGAGAGCAUCCUGAGGUCCCUCAACAACCUGCUAGAGAGGUUCCACCAGAGCUACUUCUUCUAUCUUCUAGCGGCGACUAACAGGUUCAUAUCUAUAGGCCAGUACAUGCCGUCCCUUUGCCUACUUUGCGGCGCGAUGCUGAUAAAGGCUUUGUCCCUCUGGGUGAGCUUGCAGCAAGAAGACGAAAUCGUAGACAAGCAGACGAAAGAACGAAAUGCAGAAGAUAAAGUAGGAGACGAGAAGAAAGAAGAAGCAGGACAGGCCGAGAAGGAAUCGGGGAUGGAAAAAGAUCUAAAUAAAGAUUCGGAGAAGAGUUCGGGGAAAGUGUCUGAGGAUGAGUCGGAGGGAAUCGUGUCAGAAGAGGAAGUGAAAGAUAGAGAAGACGGAAAAAGAGCAAACGAUCCCGGAAUGAGUAUAGUUAGUAUGGGGGCGAAUUAUCUGCUGGUCCAUUUAUUGGGCUAUGUGGUGAUGCAUUCGCCAGUUUUCUUCAGUCAGAUUGGCGCGAACUACUACGACUACCCGUCGGAGUUCUCGGUCUACUGCGGCUUCGUGGCGGUAUCCGUCGGCGUGGUCAUCAUCAGCCCGUCGCUGCCGCGGCUGCUCCGCGCCGCCCCCAUCGCCCGCGAGGAGUUGGCGCUGGUGAACAUCCUGGCGCUGGUCGAGCUGGCCACCGCCUGCCUCGCGAUAGGAAUGCACAACUUCGCGCUGGGGCUGGCGCUGGCGACCGUGUACACGCCGCUGGCGCUGGUGGCCGGCGUGGCGGACGCCAGCACGCGACGAGUGGUUCUGUUCGCGAAGCGCGUCUUCUGCAUCCUCCUUCAGCCUCUCUGCCUUCUCACCCUGUGCAUGGUCUCGUACAGCCGGGUCCUCUUCCCCGAAGAGGGCUUGCCCAGCAUGUUCAGCAGGGGCAAAGAUGCCGCCAUGCAGGCCAUCAUGUUCUCCAUCGUUGAUUCCCUGAUAUACGGGAAUUGGUUGUACAAUGUUGCCACAUCUGUUCUUUUACCCACUUGGAUCAUAUUUUGGCAGAUACUGUGCAACAAAGUGCAG